AUGAAUUUAAUAGCAACGGGAGCCUUCGCCCCCGGCAUGGAACCGAAACGUCAGAGAACCGCCUACACCCGCCACCAAAUCCUAGAAUUAGAAAAAGAAUUCCACUACAACCGAUACCUGACGAGGCGGAGGCGCAUCGAAAUAGCUCACACGUUAGUCCUCUCUGAACGACAAAUCAAAAUCUGGUUUCAGAACCGCAGGAUGAAAUGGAAAAAAGAUAACAAAUUGCCGAACACGAAAAACGUUAGGAGGAAAACGAAUCCUGCAGGGGUGACAACUACCACGCCGGGGUCUGGUGCUAAGUCGGCGGGCAAAGUUCGAGGGAAAACACAGAACAGCACUCCGGGAAAUAACAAUGAUAAACGGAAAAACAACAACAGUGCUUGUAAACUGCGCAAAGCUUCUUUCCUCAAGUUUGUUCUUUCUUUCAGGGAUAUGGACGGACUCGGUGAAAAUAUGCUGGACAUGUCACUGAGCGGUCAACACCAGAUUUCUCACGGACAUCCCGGCCUUCACCACGGAAUGUUACACAGCGAUCCUAGUAUGCAUAUUGGCUCGUUAGGAUCCUCACUUACGCCCCUUUCGUCCUCGCCGGGAUGUGGAGUUCCGGGAACACCGCAGCCAGUUAUUAAAUCAGACUAUGGACUCACUGCUCUAUAA